AUGGACGCGUUGCCGCGGGGCACGCGACUCCUCUAUGAUGUUACGCGACGGAAAAAGAGCGAACACACCCUCAGGAUCCUGUUGAAGACAAAGAUGCUGAUGACGCCUUGGCUCCUUGGCAACCAAGAGUCUUACAGGGGUGUUGCUGAUCGCUUUGGUGUGAAUAAGGGCACAUUAAUCUUUGUCGUGGAGCAGAUGAUCUGUCUUUGGACGGAUUGUGCCCAAGGAGAGGUUGUCUGGCCGACUGACAUUGAUGGAGUCGAAAUAACCUUAAGGGCAAGCUGGAGAUUUCCAGGUGUAGUAGGUGCUGUGGAUGGGUGCCACAUAAACAUUAAAGCACCACAAGAUGACCAAUCUGCCUUCUACAACAGGCAUGACGUGCACUCAGUCAUCUUGCAAGCCUGUUGUGAUCAAGACAUGUGCUUCUCACACAUCUGUGUAGGGAAACCAGGCAGGAUGCACGAUGGCCGUGUGUACGCCAUGUCUGGCCUCGAUGACUUUCUCGUCUGCCUUCCUGAAGACAAGCAUGUUCUAGGUGACUCGGCGUAUCCACUGAAAAUAUUCCUUAUGAAACCAUAUAGAGAUGAUGGCAAACUUACUCCCCAGCAAGUAAAAUUCAAUAACAUACUGAGCGCAGCAGGCUCAGUCAUUGAAAGGGCCUUCGGGCGCCUAAAGGGGAAGUUCCGGCGCCUGAAGUUCCUUGACAUGGGUCGUGACGACCUAAUCCCAAAAAUGGUAUGUGCGGCAUGCAUGUUACACAAUUUCAUUCUGAAACACCCAGCUGGCUUUGACGACGACAAGGACGACGAAAACCCUCGUCGGCCGCCAAGGGUGCACAACGAUGAAAUUGAGCCCUCCGCUGCUCAGAAAAGAGAUGUGAUUUGCUCACGGUUGUGA